CAUAAAUAUUCAAAAACAUGAACUAAUAUCAAUUCAACCCAAAGCUAAUAUCCGAACCACAUAAACUAAUAUCCAUUUACUGCAAAUGACCACAAGACUAAUAAACCCGAACCCUAAAAAAACUAAACCCUACCUAACACUAAAUCCCUAAUCACUAAACCCUAAAAGCUAUUAGUAUUUCAUGGGCCUUCGGCCCAUGGGCCCUCGGCGGGCAGCCCUAACUAAGGUUGCAAGCCUUAUGUGUUAGGACUUGAUAGCGUGUUUAGUUUUGAUGGAAGACACAAUAUCCAUCACAUAUAAUAUCAGUUCAUGCAAAAAUUUGUCUGUCGAUUGCCCAGACUUAACCGUAAACCCAAACCUUAAACUCUAAAUCGUAAACUUGAAUCCUAAAACCUAAACUCUAAAUUGGUAUAAUCAGUUUCGGGUGGUUGGGUUAUAUUGGGGUUUGGUAAACAUUAGUUGAAUGAUGGAUAUUGGUUUGCGAAGAAAGAAUACUAGUUUAUUUCAACAAUGAUACAAAGUAAUAUCAACACAACACAUAUUAAUAUCGGGAGAAAACAAAUAAAUAUCCUCACAAACAUACAUAAAUAAAUAUUACAUUGAUAAGCAUGCCCACAAUUUUCGUUCUCUCUCCAUUCCUCUCCAAAAUCCCGCCCAAACUGAAGCGGGCCCACACAGCUGCUUCUUCGGCGCGUCCUCCAAGCCGCAGGAUGGGCCGACUUAUACCCACAAGCCCGUCACUGGCUCACUUAAGUGAGCCACCAGAGCCUGCCUAUCUCCUCCGUUGGAUCUUACCUGGCCCGACGUGGCAUCAAAUCUAACCCUAUUAGUAUCUGCUCACGGAUCUAGCAGUUAGCAGAAUAACUUCUGCGGAAUAAGGAGGGUCGACGGAGACAGGAAGGAUUGGACAGAAGCGUUUGCGAAAAUUUAUUUCGCAAUAAUUCUGAGGGAAAGAAGGAAAGCUGGCCUUAUAGUCAGUUUCUAGUUGGCCCAUCAGGCCCAAGAUAAACAUCAGACAGUUCCUGAGGAAAUACGGGCUCAAUCUGGUUUCUGCUUUGGGACGCCAUCAAAUGGAAUUUGAUUAAAAGUAAAACCUAUAAUAAUAGGGUAAAUUGCAUCGUUGGUUACUGAGAUUACAAAAAACAUUCAUGUUUGGUCACUGAAAAUAAUUAAAUCCAUUAGUGAUCACUUAAUUUAAUAAAAGCGUUCACGUAUGGUCACUCUCCGUUAGUUGUCGUCCAUCUCUGUUAAUGGAGUCCGUUUAGUGCUAACGUGGCGGACAGAAUUAUCUAAUUAGCCCUAUUUAACCCGAAAAUAGUAUGACCCGACCCGCCACGUCAGUAUGACCCGCCAUGUCACCUGAACCAACCCAGCCCUCUAACCUAACCCGAACCCUCUAAUUAAAUCCCUAAACCAACCGCCUCAACUCACCUCCGCUCCCGACCAUCGCCAAAACCUUAUCGACGGAAGGCCAAAUCGCAGCCGCCCUCAACCACCUCCGUAAAUCCAAUCCCCUCUUACUCCUAGCAUCCCUGAUCGAUCGCUACAGCCCGCCCAAAUUCGAAACCAGCAAGCCUCCACUCACCUCCCUAGCCAGAGCCCUGAAGCAUCAUCUUCCAACAGCUCGCCACAAACGCCGCGCAAUCGAUCUGAACUUGCUUCCUCACGCUCUGCGGCGGCGGAGCGGAGAUCCGGCCAGAUGCCUUGAUGUCGUUGACCGCAUCGCAACUGAGGGAGGUCGGGGUAUCGGGUCGGAAAGUGGGUUACCUACACGACCUAGCGGGGAAUUUCAGGGACGGGCUGCUGUCAGAUUCGGAGAUCCUGGAGAUGAACGAGGAAGCGCUGCUGGAGAGGCUGACGGCGGUGAAGGGGAUUGGGGUUUGGUCGGUGCACAUGUUCAUGAUGUUCUCGAUGCACAGGCCGGAUGUGCUCCCCGUGGGGGAUUUGGGGGUGAGGAAGGGCGUGAAGAGCUUGUACGGACUGAAGGGUUUGCCAAAGGUGGCGGGGAUGGUGAAGGUUUGUGAAAAGUGGUGGUCGUAUCUGUCUGUCGGGGAUUGGUACAUGUGGAAGUUGGUGGAUGCCAAUGUCGCCGCCGGGAAAGCUGCUGCCGACGAGGAAGCCUUGCCAUUGCUUUGUCCUAGUACGUGAAUGAAGGCUUAGGAGCGAGUUUGGGGUCGAUUGGACGAAGAACGGACGAAUGGCGAGGUUUUUGGGGAGCUGCACGGCCAGACCAGGGAGGCUGCACGGCCGUGCACGUGAGCAAUAUGGCCGUGCGCUUUAUGUCGAGGACACGCACGGGCAACCCCUGAAGCUCGCACGGCCGUGCACCCUGGCCGUGCGAGAGGGCUGAAGUUCGACUAAAUGACACGCUGCGUUUUGAGUUGCACGGCCAGAAUGGUGAUAUGCACGGCCGUGCACCCUGCCCGUGUGAGUCGGGAUUUCCUGGUUUUAAGCCAAAUUCUGAACCAAAGAAGAAGAGAGCUGGGUUUUGGAUCCCAAACACCCAAGGGACGAACCCUAGAGAGAGAGCGACUUGGGAACAUUCUUGGAGCUAUUUUGGAGGAUUUCUUCGCCAUUGGAGCUCGGGAAUCAAGCUUGGAGAUGGAGAUUGAAGAUCUAGAUCAGAUUUCUGCAGUCUCUCUCUUCUCUAUGGAGUAACUUCCCUUCACUUAGGUUUUGAGGAACCCUAGUUCCAUGAGUUAGGAGCUUGCUUGUAUGAAGUUUUGGAUGCUAUGUUGUUUGAUUAUAAUCGAAUGAUGCAUGUUUAUUGAGUCAAUUGAAGUCUGAUCAACUUUUCCUGAUUCCUGCUGCAAUCUGAGAUAGAUAGAAUCUGAUUAGGUUGCUAGAGUCUCAUCAUUCGGUAGUAGGAGAUUGGCUAUACGAGAGUUAGCCAGUUUACUGCUUUGUACUGGAAUCUAAUUCCAGUAGUGGAGUUCUGUGCUUAUUGCUUCAGCUUUCUAUCCCGGUGAAGACUAGUCGUCUGCCGGAUAGUUAGACUGAGAGGGCUUGGUCAGCUUAAGAGAUUCCAAGCUACUGUCGGAUCUUCCGCAGUUUAAUCAACAGUAAAACAAUCAAAAGGAAUUACAACUUGGACCUAAUUGAGGAGCUAGGGGGAAUCAUACCUAAGUGAGUUCCCAAAAUGUAAUUAGUAGUUUUACUUAGUUGAGUUAGUAGAGUAUUUUAGUUAAUCAACCCUUAAUCUAGUUUGCUAGAUAAUGAACUGAAGCUGAGUAA